UUUUCUUGACAAAACCCUAAACCCACACAUCUUAUUACACAUUGUGUAGGGUUUUCCAUUUCCCUUUCAAUUUUCCGCCAUCAUGAUUACCACAAUCCUCAGAAGAGCUUCUUCAUCUCUCUCAAGGCGUUCAAUCACCGCCGCCGCCGAUACUCUCCUCGCCUCCACCGCCUCUGGCGAGCUCCGACAACUCUCCGUCCUCGCAGCAAGGUCAUUUCACUCUAAAUCACAACCCUUGCUAUUCCGCGCUUCUUUGUCUUCUCGCGCUGGGUUCGCCGCCGAAGCUUUUCCAUAUGAAGAACCGUUGAAAGCGAACAGCGACGAUGGCCUUGAGAUCGCGAAGCUAGGGAUUUCUCAGGAUAUUGUUUCUGCUUUGGCUAAGAAAGGAAUCACUAAGCUUUUCCCCAUUCAGAGGGCUGUGUUGGAACCUGCUAUGCAAGGUCGUGAUAUGAUUGGUCGAGCUAGAACAGGAACUGGAAAAACUCUUGCUUUUGGGAUACCUAUCAUGGAUAAGAUCAUUCAGUUUAAUGCUAAACAUGGGCGAGGAAGGGAUCCUUUGGCUUUGGUUUUGGCCCCGACUAGAGAACUUGCAAAGCAGGUUGAAAAGGAAUUCUAUGAGGCGGCUCCUAACUUGGAUACUAUCUGUGUUUAUGGUGGUACGCCCAUCUCUCAACAGAUGAGGCAGCUUGAUUAUGGUGUUGAUAUAGCGGUUGGCACACCUGGACGUAUUAUUGAUCUUCUUAAUAGAGGUGCUCUGAAUUUGAAGGAAGUUCAGUUCGUUAUUCUUGAUGAAGCCGAUCAGAUGCUUCAAGUAGGCUUUCAGGAAGACGUGGAGAAGAUCUUGGAAAGGUUGCCUGCAAAGAGACAGACUCUUAUGUUCUCUGCCACCAUGCCAACUUGGAUAAAGCAGUUAACACGCAAUUACCUAAAAGAUCCUCUAACCAUUGAUCUUGUUGGAGAUUCUGAUCAGAAGCUGGCAGAUGGAAUUUCACUGUACUCAGUUGCGUCAGAUUCGUACGUUAAAGCAGGAAUUCUUGUUCCUCUUAUAAAAGAGCAUGCAAAAGGAGGAAAGUGUAUUGUUUUCACUCAAACAAAACGUGACGCUGAUCGAUUAUCACAUGGUAUGUCUAAAAGUAUUCCAUGUGAGGCCUUGCAUGGAGAUAUAUCACAAGCUCAGAGAGAAAGAACUCUUGCUGGCUUCAGAAGUGGCGAUUUUAAUGUUUUAGUGGCGACCGAUGUUGCUUCACGUGGGCUCGAUAUACCUAAUGUUGAUCUUGUAAUUCAUUACGAGCUUCCCAAUAAUUCAGAGAUAUUUGUCCACCGAUCUGGACGAACAGGUCGUGCUGGUAAGAAAGGAACUGCUAUUCUCAUUUAUACAGAAGAUCAAUCCAGGACUCUUAGGACUAUUGAGCGUGAUGUAGGUUGUAGAUUUAAAGAGUUACCCAAGGUUGCCGUUGAUAGUGCAUCAGUGGACGCAUUUGGUAGCAUGGGUGGUGGGCGAUUUGGCUCUUUUGGAGGUUCGAGGGGUCGAUUUAGUGAUGCAGGUUUUGGCCGUGAUGCUGGACCUAGCCGUUCUGGGGGCUACGGUGGUAAUUCAGGGGGAAGGUUUUCUGGUGAAAGUAGUUUUGGCAGAUCAAACUCUGGUCGCUUCGGCUCCUUUGGUUCCUCUCAAUCACAUAAUUCAGGAAGUAGAUCUGGUGAAUCACCCAGUGAAUUUAAAUUUAGUCGACCCGGCGGAUUCAGCGGCUCAGAUCGGUCUGGUGGUUUUGGUGGAUUCGGCGGUUCAGAUCGCUCCAGCGGUUUUGGAGAUUUUGGCUCAAGUAACUCUAGCCCAUUUGGCGGUCGUGGCAGAUCGGAAUGAUAGAAAACCAUUUUAACUAAAUGAAAUGUCAUAAUAUCACCAUCUUCAUUUGUUGAUGGUAUUAGUUCUUGUAAAGUUCGGCUUUUUCAUCUCCUCUAAAACUUUCAGGCAUGUAGGUUAAUGCUCGUAUUCGUUAGUAUCACCGUUGAUUGGAGAAGGUUAUAACAUAAAAAAAAACAAGUCCUAUGGGCUGUGUUUUGGUUCAGCCUCAGCAGUAUUGUAUUAUGCUUCCAUCUAUCAAAAAGAAAAAGAAAGCUUUAUGAAGUGGGAGGUUUGAUGAUGCAAGAAGCUUAAUGAAAUGGUUAUUCAACAAAUGGGCAUAUAAUAUUUCUUAGUAAGCUGUAGGGUGUUCUACUAUUCUAUUUUAUACUACAAUUUUGUUGAAGAAAAUUCUCAUCUAUUAUGUAUUAUUUACCUAUUAGUAAUUUGUUUUUUCCCCACUCA